GGGAGAAACGUGAAAUUACACCUCCCCUCAUUUUAGUUAUGUUUUCAUUAUAUGUAUUGGUUCGGUCCAGUCUGUCCCCACCCCUCCUUUAUCCUAUUCUAAAGGUGGUUUUACCCCAGUUGUUGCUGGGCAGAUUCUCCAGACAGAUGUUCUGUUGCUGGGCAGAAAAGAUCCAGCGGUUGCAGCUGAUUGGAUCAGCAGUUAAGAGCGGGAAACCAGUGCUGUACAUAUAUGGUGCCUCAGGAGAGGUUCUGCCAUCAGUCUGUCAGUGGUGUGAGAAAGACCCUGCCCACCCGAUAUGCUCUCUGCUGACACCUGAUGCCCGUAUCAGGAACUGUCCAGAGCAGGAGAAAAUCCUCAUAGCAAACCUAUGCUGCUCUGGACAGUUCCUGACACGGAAGAAUUUCCUCCGUAGCAUACAGCUGCUAAAAAGUACUGGAAGGUUUACUAAAGAAAGUUUUCGAGUACAUAAGACUCCUCAGCCAAAUAAUUCCACAGGAAAAGCUCCAUCUUUGAGUUCUCCAUUAUUGUGCCUCAAAAACCAGUGUGCACGACCCCCGGAACACCUUUAUCACAUGGGAUCACAGUUCCUAAUCUUUGAAGAAGAGUGAAACCUGAUGGAUCGUAAUAUUGAGGUUAAAGUUGAACAAGAAGAGGAGACACAGAAGUACAGAGUCACUGAUAGAAAUCCACCCGAGAGGUGUCCCCGUCCUCUGUAUUCCCAGGACUGUUUAGAGGGAAAUUUCCCAGAGAUCCAUCAGGCUGAAGAUCUGAUGGAUAUAAAGAUUGAGAUUAAAGAUGAACCAGAAGAGGAGACGGAUUUCGGGACCGAUCAGCAGUAUGGAGUCAUUGAUAGAAAUCCACCCGAGAGGUGUCCCCGCCCUCUGUAUUCCCAGGACUGUCCAGAGGGAAAUGUCCCAGAGAAGCAUCAGGGGGGAGAUCUGACUAAUAAUAAAGUGGAGGAUGAAGAAGAGAGGAUGAGGGGCCAUCACCCGUGUAUGAGGGAAGUGAGGGAGGAAAUUCCAGGAGGUGUUACCCCAGAACAUCUUAGAAUGAACUUAAUAAUUUGUAAAGUAGAAGACGAAGAGAUCAUGCAGCACUCCUUAGAAGACAACCUACUUAACCCUAAUGUACAUCCAGGACUAUCAUCAUAUAAUAAUCCUCUAAAUUAUGACCAUCCACAAAGUGUUUCCAUGAGUACAGAUCAGAAAGGGGGGAAAAAGUUUCAAUGUGAUGAAUGCGGAAAAGAGUUUACAACGAGCUCGAGUCUUUCUACACACAGAAAAAUUCACACAGGAGAGAAGCCACAUUCCUGUUCAGAAUGCGGGAAAUGUUUUACAAGAAAAUCGAGUCUUCUGACACACGAGAGAAGUCACACAGGAGAAAAGCCACAUUCUUGUUCAGAAUGUGGGAAAUGUUUUACAAGAAAAUCAAGUCUUCUUACACAUGAGAGAAUUCACAAAGGGGAGAGGCCAUACUCAUGUUCAGAAUGUGGGAAAUGUUUUACACAAAAAUCUAGUCUUGGUAUACAUGAGCGAAUUCAUACAGGGGAGAAGCCAUAUUCGUGUUCAGAAUGUGGAAAAUGUUUUAUUAACCAAUCAUAUCUUGUUAUACAUCAGAGAAUUCACACAGGAGAGAAGCCAUAUUCAUGUUCAGAAUGUGGGAAAUGUUUUAUAGAUCAAUCAUAUCUUGUUAAACAUGAGAGAAGUCACAAAGGGGAAACAACAUAUCCAUGUUCGGAAUGUGGGAAAAAUUGCCCAAAUAAAUCAAGUCUUGCCGCACAUGAGAGAAUUCAUACAGGGGAGAAGCCAUAUUCAUGUUUAGAAUGUAGCAAAUGUUUUACCAGUAAAUCAGAUCUUCAUAUACAUCAGAGAAGUCACACAGGAGAGAAACCAUAUUCAUGUUCAUUAUGUGGGAAAUGUUUUACAAAUCAAUCAUACUUUGUUAAACAUCAGAAAAUUCACACAGGAGAGAGGCCAUAUUCAUGUUCAGAAUGUGGGAAAUGUUUUUCAAGUAAAUCAGAUCUGAUGAAACAUGACAGAAGUCACACAGGAGAGAAACCAUAUUCGUGUUCAGAAUGUGGAAAAUGUUUUACAUAUAAGUCAAGUCUUGUUAUACAUAAGAGAAUUCACACAGGGGAAAAGCCGUAUUCAUGUUCAGAAUGUGGGAAAUGUUUCACAAGUAAAUCCGAUCAACUUAAACAUGAAAAAAGUCACUCAGUAGAGAAAUUAUAUUCGUGUUCAGAAUGUGGAAAAAGUUUCACUCGUAAAUCACAUUUUGUAGCACAUAAGAAAAGCCACAUGGGGCAAAGCUGUAUUGAUGAUCAGAAUGAGGGAAAUGUUUUAAUAUUAAAGUCACACGAGUUAAUAAUUAAAGAAGUCCCAUAGCAGAGAAGGCAUUUUGAUUAUCCUUUUGUUAAAAUAUACUGUUUCAAUUGUUUUUAUUAAUUUUUGUGGAAUAAACAUAAUUGAAUUCCCUGUGUGCUAUGGGUCAUUAUCCACAAAUGCUGUGAGGAGUAUGGGUGGUGACUGCUGUUGGGUGUAAGUGGUUGUAUGCAGGGCUGGUGGAAGGAUUCUUGCCACCCUAGGCAAAACCUCAUCCCCUUGGGGGUCUAACCCAUGGUUUACACAUCUUUGUCCUAUAUAGAAAUAGCAAGAAACAAAUGCGUUUACGGAUCAAGAAGAUCAAGGAUCAAAUAAUGAUCACCAUCUGGGUCACCAAAUAACACUUGUGCUAGUAAGUAAAGUAGAACACCCAAAGUGCAAGCUAUCCACAGUCAUAUACAAGCAUAGUAGCAAUCAUAUAUAAUCAAUCCUGGUGGAAAAGAGAGCCUACCGAGCUACACGCCGAACCCAACGUUCUGCUAUUGCUGUCAUCUGUAUAUGACAUAUUUGUCCUGUGUAAACAUGGCCUUUGGCUCUGUUCCCCCAUUAGUUUGUAAACAAUACCCCAUACAAUGACUGAAUAAUGCAGCCAUACCAGAACAGAACAAUACCGCUAUACUGUGACUGAAUAACACCAGAACAGAACAAUACUGCCAUACCUUGACUGAAUAACACCGGAACAGAACAAUACCGCUAUACUGUGACUGAAUAACACCAUACCAGAACAAUACCGCCAUACCGUGACUGAAUAACACCUGAAAAGAACAAUACUACCAUACCAUAACAGGAUAAAACUACCAUACCAAAACUGAACAAUACCAACAUACCAU